AUGUCCUCAUUAGAUUUCGAUAUAGAUCACUACCUCAAUCGAUAUAUACCAGCUCCUAGACUAUACAUACUCCCAACAUCUAUUUCGAGGUUCCUUGGAUAUCGCAGCCAGCCCCGGUCUCGAACCGGCAGUGUUGUGAUUUGGUUCUGGGCAUUCAUUGGAGCCUUUUGCGGCAUUGCCAUUGUCGAAAAUGUCUAUCGAACUGCAUAUUUUAAAGAGCGAGGCUCACCGUUGGUCAUCGCAAGUCUUGGCGCCGCCGCAAUCCUAGAAUAUAACACCAUCGAUUCACCACUCUCCCAGCCACGAAAUGCCAUCCUGGGCCAACUAUUCGCGUCUAUCAUCGGAGUCGCCAUUACCAAAUUAUUCGAGCUCAAUGCCAAUUUUGAAAAUCUUCGUUGGCUGGCAGGUGCUCUUUCCGUCGGUUUGGCUUCUGCGGUCAUGGGCAUGACUAACACGAUACACCCACCUGCUGGCGCCACUGCAUUAUUAGCCGCGACAUCACCUGAGAUUACGGAGAUAGGAUGGUAUUUAAUACCUUUAGUUGUAUUAGGAAGUGUUCUCCUGAUCGCGACAGCUUGCGUGGUGAAUAAUAUCCAGAGGACAUUUCCGGCCUAUUGGUGGACGGCGCGGAGUCUCAGUGUUCAGGUCGAAGGAGAAGAAGAAGAUACGGAGAAAACUUCCGCAAGUAAUAGUGGGACGGAACAACAAACCGAUCAUCAGCACGCCCAGGAAGCUGGAACGAUUAAAAUUGAUAGGCAUCGCAUUGUGGUGCCAGAUUGGCUAUCGUUGGAGUAUGAAGAAAGGGCAGUGUUGGAGGUGUUGCAGGACCGGCUACAGCAGGGGCUACGAAAUUCAAGGACGGCUUCAAGGCUUCAACGCAUCAAGGCUUCUCAAGCUGCCGAUACACCCGGAUCUCCCCAGUCAACCUGA